GCACCGCUGAGCUGAACUCGCCAUGACCCAAACAAUGAUGUUUCAAAUUUCAAUGUCUUGAUAUAUUUCGCCGCAUUGACUGGUUUUUCGCUGAAAAAUGAAUCCGAAAAGCGUAUCUUGCUCAGAAAUCUUCGCUGCCUACAAAAACUGGAUCAGCCGAAAUCCGCAGCUCACGUCGGAUUUGGAAACAACAGUAAAAUGGGUCUCAUAUUUUUUAGCAGGACGCAUCCAAAACUCAGGAGUGCUAUCCGAACUCGUUUACCUGCUUUCAAAUCUUCUAGUCCUUUUCAACGACAGAAUAAUUCGCUCAGCGAGAUUGACAACAAUUGAAAAUGGACGGAAAAUCAAGACUUUUCUCACGGUGAUUGAGUAUUCCGAGGUCUUCCUGGAAAUCGCAGCCCGCCGGCUGUGGGGCCAAAGAGGAAAAUGGAUCAUAGUUGCUAUCGUUCAGUCCUUUAAGUGCCUGUCUCGAUUGGUGCUUCUACUGAAGUACAAGGAAAAAAUUACCAAGUGUCCACCGAUCGCUCCUCUGCAGCGAAAUAAAAUCGCCGAAGGCCCUCCAGUGGACGUUCGAACCGAUCAGUACUCGCAGUCGUUCACCCUGAGCUCCGGACGAGUUGUUCGAACCAUUUCUUCGGCACCUCCCAUGCACUGCCGGACAUGGACGGCGCCCCAACCUCCUCCCCUCACGGAGGAAGAGGAGGAAAGACUUGCCACGCAACAUACCAGUGCUGAAGUUAUUUACAUUACCAAACCCAUGGUCCACUUGGCAAGCUGUUUGGCUUUUGGGGAGGCAAGUUGGAAACCGUGGCUGUUCUCUAUGCUCAUGGACGUCACAAGUUUGCAGAUGUAUAGAAAGAGCAAGUUGCAUUUGACGCAGAAACAGAGGCUGGAGCUGUCCCGACGCGCGCUCUGCAUGCUCUUUUACAUCCUCCGGUCUCCUUUCUAUGAGAGGUACAGCAAAACCCGUCUUCACAACCUUCUGGAGGGCUUGUCCAACAAUCUUCCCCUGGUGCACCACAUUUGCCGGCCACUGCAACGAUACAUUCCGGAAUGGCAGGCCAUUUAUUUUUACAUGUGGUCAGCCUGAAAACCAGCUCGUUAUGAAAUAAUGUGAGUUCGUUCCUUUUGUCCUUACAUUUUAUUUGUUUUUCUGGGAGAUUUCAUAGUGUUUUGCAUUUUUAUAAAAUGGUAUUUGUUCUUGAUUAUUGUUGACUCUUCAAAAGAUAUUAAAUAAUAUUUUAUAGAAAAAUUGGCUGAUUUUUAAAAAUGUAAAAAAAAAUCCCUUAGAAUGAGUCUUAUAGAGAAAUUAUAAAAGCUGAAUCUAAGAACGUUCAUCAUUUGGCAUUUCAAUUUUAUCCAGUUUGUUUAAUAUUAAAAUUUUGACUGGUGAUGACAAGUUUGAAUAAUUUUUUCCUCCGUGAAGCAAAUUAUUUACUAUUCUCAUAAAUGCAAUGCAUUUUUGAAGCUAAAACUUAUUUCUAAAUAAUGUACUAUUGCCCUCAAAAUGAAAAGUGGUAGUUUUGGGUUAAAAUUGCGUUUAUUUGCGAGACUUGCCGCAUAAAAUUUCCUAUUUACAUGAAUCAGUUGGAUCUUCACAAAGCGAUACAAAACGAUUUGAAUAUGAACUAUGUACAGCCAUUCGUUUUACAAAAUGAUCAAAGGCAAGCAAACACUGGAAUAAAUACAAUCUUUGAUUGAUUAACAAAAAUUAAUAGCCGUUCUGGCGUCUGGAAGCAGGGUAGGGACCGUCGUUGCUGGCGGCGCGGUCGGCAGCGUAUCCGUUGGGAGGGUCUUGGUACUCGAUCUCGGGCCUGUAGCCGUUCUGGUCGGCCUCGUACUUGACGAUCUGGGUGCGGCCAUCGGGAAGCUGGACGCGGUACUCGCCCCAAGUGGUCUCGCCGUCACGACCCUCCUUGGCGCCAAAGUCGGAGCCGCUGUUGACAUCGGUCACGUCGUACUUGAACUCAUAGCUUGCGGGCUCCUGAAAGAUUAAUUAUUAAUUAAAAAAAAAAAUUCAAUGCAAUGAGAAAAAAUUAAAAGAGGAAGUUUUAAAGAAAGUAUCACUAACCGCAAGGGGAUCUUCAGUGGUGACACCCUGACCAUUAGGGGCACCAUAUUCAGCAGAAGGGGCACCGUACUGGGUUGAGGGGGCUCCGUACUGGCUGCUGGGAGUGCGGGAAGACGAAGAGCUCUGCUUGUUGUUGGAUGAGCGACCGAGUUCCA